UGCACAGGCUGGAUCGCUCUCUCGUUUGCUUUUCUCGAGAGCAUGCAAGUCUUUGAGAGAAUAGGGCCCAGUUUCGGCUCGCUCGAGCGGAAAAUGUGGUCGGCUGAUCAUCUCCUCCUCCCUUUCACGCUUGGCUUUAUCCUCGCAGCACAGACUUACGUUUCAGCGCAACCAGGAUUUUUGAGCCUCGACUGUGGAGCUUUCGACAGCCACACUGAUGUAAAUGGUAUCGAAUGGAUACCCGACGACAAGUACAUCACCACCGGAGAGACAGCUUCCAUUUCAAGCUUGUUGAAGAAAGAUGCGGAUCUAAUAGUGCAGCGUCUUCGCUACUUUAAUGACACCUCCCGGAAGCACUGCUACGCUUUGCCAGUUGUAGUGGACGAGAGCUACAUCGUGAGGCCGCGGUUCUACUACGGAAACUACGAUGGGCUGGAAUCAACUCGAGUCGAGUUUGACAUCGCGAUUGGUGCGAAUACUGUGAUGAAUGCGAGCCUGGGAAGCCAGUCGUCGUGGUACUACGAGUUUGUGGUGAAAGCCACAAACUCGACACUAGAUCUAUGCCUUGGAACCAGCUCGAAUUCACCGGCAAAUAUCCCAUUCAUCUCCACAAUCGAGCUUAGAAGGCUGGCUCCUGGGAUGAGUGGAAGUGUCUCGGAUUAUAGUGAGGUCUUACUCAUGUGGAGAAGGAUCAAUCUUGGAGCAACUUCAAACGAAGAUAUCAGGUAUCCUUUGGAUGAAUACGAUCGAAUAUGGAGAGCUGACAAGGGCUUCAAAAACAUGGGAAGCUACCAGCGGAUCAACACUAACUCGACUAUUUCCGUAGGGAAAACUUUUAACAAGCCUCCCACCGCGGUGAUGAGCUCCGCGAUCGUCUCCAACUCCGUGAUGGUCUUCGAGUUUCCAGCCACGCUCGAGGCAACGAAGUACUACGUCAACUUUUACUUUGCGGAGUUCUUCGCUCUGGGGAACGACACGAGAGAGUUCACGCUCCUUUUCAACACCAGCUCUCUUGAAACUCCCCAGAUCGCGGUGACCGUCAACAUCGAAAAGCACACUCAGGCUCCGCUUACUUCAGUGCAAGUGUAUCUCAAAGCUCCCGUGGAGCUUUCUGAUCCAACACGUUUCUUUCUCGUCCCCACGCCAAACUCUACGCUGGGUGCGGUCCUCAAUGCUGCCGAGCUCUUCGAGUAUAAAGGUGGUCUCCUUCCAGGGACAGAACCCAAUGAUGUGGUAGCGAUUCGUGAUGUGAUGAAUGACUUUAACAUCACUGGAUGGUCGGGAGAUCCUUGCUUGCCUCUUCCCUACACUUGGCAGUGGAUCACUUGCGACAUAGCUCAAAUCCCAGCAAGAAUCACAGAGUUGAACUUAUCCAACCAACGUUUGAGUGGUAAUAUAUCACAGUCCAUCACGAAGCUGUUACAUCUAACAAAAAUAUAUCUGGAUAACAACGCAUUGACAGGGCCAGUUCCAAACUUUAGCUCCUUGAAGAACCUCACGGUUUUGUCCUUACAAAACAACAGCUUGGAUUGUGUACCACCAGAACUGCAGCUCUCUUUCAACACUAGUGUUAAGUUAUGCGAGAAACUCGACGCAAAGAAGACGAAAAAUACAACACUUUUAAUUGGAAUCGCGGUUCCAUGCGUAGCCAUGUUACUACUCGCAGCUGGACUUGUUGUGUGUUUCAUGUCCCGUAGAAAGACGGACAAGAGCCCAGGAACCAUCAGACCACAGGAGUCAGAUAACAAAGAUACUGAGAGUCCAAGCCUGGCUCCAAAGUCUCCAAACUCCAGCACCAAAAACUUUAGUUACAAAGAUGUGAUCGAGGCCACAAACAACUUCAAGCAAGUUCUAGGCGAAGGAAGCUUUGGACCAGUGUACUAUGGCCGCCUUUCCAAUGGUGUUGAAGUUGCUGUUAAGGUUUUGUCAAGCUCCUCAAAGCAAGGAUAUCAAGAGUUUAAUACAGAGAUUGAUAUUCUAUCAGUAGUACAUCAUAGGAACUUGGUCUCUUUUCUUGGCUACUGUGACCAUGGAUCGAAGCUUAUACUGCUCUAUGAGUUUUUGUCGAAUGGAACUUUGAGAGAGCACUUGUAUGGCACAAGCUGUCCAACUUUAAGUUGGAAAUCUCGAUUGCAAAUUGCUUUAGACGCUGCUCAAGGAUUGGAGUAUUUGCACACGUCUUGUAAUCUUCAUAUAAUCCAUCGAGACGUAAAGACAACCAACAUACUUUUAAGCUCUGCUAUGGUUGCCAAAGUUAGCGAUUUCGGGCUCUCUAAGCUUUACGACAAAAACAAUGCAUCUCACGUCUCAACAAUUGUCAAAGGAACUCCAGGAUAUCUCGAUCCAGAGUACCAUUCCUACAGUAGACUCACAGAGAAAUCAGAUGUGUACAGCUUUGGAGUGGUACUGUUUGAAAUUGUUUGCAGCCGUGAACCUAUCAAUCUGACACUUCCAGAGGAACAAGUUGUUCUUUCAAAAUGGGCAUGCAGGGAACUCGAGAGAGGCAACCUGAAAACUCUAAUAGAUCCCAAGCUAUCAAGCUAUAAAGAGCAAGCAGUAUGGAAAGUUUUGGAACUUGCAAUGAACUGCGUGGAGCAUCGAUCCGAUAGGAGGCCAAACAUGAGCACUGUGGUAAACGAGCUGAAAGAGGCCAUCCAACUUGAGGAGGAAGGGAACUCUAUCACACGAUCUAUGGAAACUUUCAGAAGAGGAAGAUAAGUAGUGCAAGUUUACCAAAAUUGAGACAGUGUUUUAAGAAGUGUUGGUGGUGUUGAUCAAUUUCUUUCGCCGUUCUUCAUAAGUAGCUAAAGCACACAAUCGUCA